UGAAGUGCGCUUUCUUUGAUUACAAACACUCUCCUUUUCAAAAUGUCCCUCACAGAAUUUGCCGUUCUGCUUGUGCUUAUUGCAGCCUUUUGGCCGUUCCUCCGUCUCUGCAAAACCAUCUUCCCCAAAACCUCAGACAGCCACCAAAAACCACCGCCUGGUCCUUCAGGCCUCCCUGUCAUAGGCCAUCUCCACAUGCUAGGAAAACUCCCACACCAAACUCUCUACAAGCUGUCCCAAAAAUACGGUCCCAUAAUGUCCCUCCGUCUCGGCUCCGUUCCCACUAUUGUAGUCACCUCUCCAGGCGCCGCCGAGCUCUUUCUCAGAACCCAUGAUGCUGUUUUCGCCAGCCGGCCCAAGAUGCAAGUUGCGGAGAACUUAUGGUAUGGCAGCAAAGGCAUGAUUUUUACAGAGUAUGGGGCGUACUGGCGGAAUGUCAGGAAGUUUUGCACACUGGAGCUUCUGAGUGCCUCGAAGAUCGAUUCCUUCGCGGGGCGGAGAAGGAAGGAGCUGGGGAUGCUGGUGGAGUCACUCAGGAAAUCUGCGGGGGCAGGGGAGGUGGUGGAUGUUAGCGAAAAGGUGGCUCAUCUGACAGUGGACAUGACUUGUAAGAUGUUGUUUGGGGAGAUCAUAAAGGACAAGUGUGAGUUGAAUGAGAUUAUACACGAGAUGGCAGAGAUCAUGGGAGCCUUCAACAUUGCGGAUUAUGUGCCCCUUUUGGGGGCACUUGAUCUCCAGGGAUGGACUCGGCGAAUCAGGGCAGCUAGCAAGGCAGUAGACAGAAUCUUGGAAAAUAUUAUUGAUGAUCAUGAAGAAGAUGCUAGUAAAGGCCACAACAAGCCUCAUGGGGAUUUUGUUGAUAUCAUCCUAUCUUUGAAAAACAGUGAAAGGAGCACUCAUGAGCAUUUGGCGCAAAUCGUUGACAGAACAAAUAUCAAAGCAAUCUUGCUGGACAUGAUUUUCGGAUCCAUAGAUACCUCCCAAAUUACAAUUGAAUGGAUCAUGUCAGAGCUUAUGCGGAAUCCAAGGGUGAUGCAACAUCUCCAAGCAGAAAUCAGGAAUGUGAUAUCAGAUUGCGAAUUUGUGGAAGAAUCACAUUUGUCAAAGCUGACCUACCUAGAUAUGGUAGUCAAGGAAGGCAUGAGACUCCAUCCAGCAGGACCACUGUUGGUUCAUCAUGAGUCUAUGGAGGACAUUAUGAUUGAUGGCUAUCACAUACCGAAGCAAUCCCGUAUCAUAGUCAAUAUCUGGGGCAUGGCAAGAGAUCCGAAGAUUUGGUCUGCAAAUGCUGAAGAAUUUUGUCCUGAAAGAUUUAUGGACAGUAACAUAGAUCUUCGGGGGAAGAACUUUGAACUCAUACCAUUUGGUUCAGGACGAAGAGUUUGCCCAGGUAUGUACCUGGGCCUGAUAAAUGUGAAACUGGUAGUAGCUCAAUUGGUACACAGCUUCAACUGGGAGCUACCUUCUGGCAUGUCUCCUGCUGAGUUGGAUAUGGAUGAAAUGUACGGUGCAACAGUGCCAAGAGCAAACCAUCUGCUUGCUGUACCAACUCUUCGCUUUCCAUAAUUUCCAUUUUAUUUCAAUCAUGUUUGCUUUAUCUGCUAAAUUGAACUGUUAGACUUUCAAACUCUUCAGGAAAAAUGUAAUGACUAAAACAGCUUUGCACCAGCUGGUUUGUUUGUUUCAUUUUUUUUCUUUUUUAAUUUUAUUUUAUCAGCAGUCGAGUUUGAUCAUA